AGCGACAAGAGACCUUCCCGCGUUCUGUUUGGUGACGUUUUUGUUGUGAGAUUUGAUCAGCUGAAAUCCGGUCAUUCAAUGGUGUUGGUGAAACUUUUGUUCUUCGCAAAGGCCAGAGAACUCACUGGCGUUCCAGAACGCGCGUUCGAAAUCUCAGAGGGUCGUCACUCUUCGGACGAUAUCAAAGAGCGUAUAUCUCAGAGCGAACCCUCACUGAGACCAAUUCUCGACAGUUGCAUCAUCGCUGUGGAUUUAGAAUACGUGGUGGAUCUGGCCGAAAUCACUGAUCGCACCUCCGAGUUGGCCGUAGUGCCACCCGUUAGUGGUGGUUGAGAUGUCGACUGAAGGUUGGACGAAAAUCAGUUUAACGAGCGACCCUUUAGAUGUCGGUGCCGCCUUAUCGAGCGCGCGGUCAUCUGACUGUGGGGCUAUUUCUAUAUUCCUCGGAACCACGCGAGCGGACAUCGUCGACGGCAAAAAAGUGGAGGCUCUCAGAUACGAAGCCUACGAAGCGAUGGCUCUUAAGAUCAUGCAAGCUUUGUGCGAUCAGGUCCGGAAGAUAUACCCGGUGAAGAACUUGAUUGUGUCGCAUCGGACCGGCGUUGUCAAAGUCAAAGAGGACAGCAUCAUGAUCAUUUGCGUCGGAGGCCACCGAUCGGAAUCAAUAAAGGCUACCGAAUGGCUGAUUAAUGAAAUCAAGGCGAAACUCCCUGUAUGGAAGAAGGAGAUCUUCGUGAAUGGCCUUGAGGAGUGGAUAGAAAAUAAAGAGACUUUUUGGCGUGAAUAAACGAAUUCCUCAGGACUCGCGCUGUUUUCUCUCGUUCGGAGGUAUCAAGAAUUUCAUCGUAGGAGGAAGAAGCGAUUUCACUCUGUGACAGUGCCGCAGCUCAUCAACUACUUUUAUUCGCAGACAUUCAAUCGAGUCACUUAACACAUGUUCGUCUA